GGCGCGCCGCUGUACUGUUUCCUGGAUAUCGAGACACGUGAAGGUCAGCAUAGCUCCAGAACAGCGUAUAUAUACAAUAGUCAAAUAGUACCGUUCAGUGAUUCUCCCUAAUGGAUAAUCAAGGAGUCACGGCAGACCCUCAGCUGCAGCAGUUUAUCGCGGUCGAGUCUCAAAAGCAGCGGUUUCAGCAGCUAGUUCAUCAGAUGACAGAAGUGUGCUGGGAGAAGUGCAUGGAUAAGCCUGGCCCGAAGCUUGACUCCAGGACAGAGGUGUGUUUUGUAAACUGUGUGGAACGAUUCAUCGAUACAAGUCAAUUCAUCCUCAACAGACUAGAGCAAACUCAGAGGAGUAGAGGAACUUUCUCUGAGACCAUGACAGACUAGUAGAACCACAACACCGCAUCAUUCGGCCACUUACUGAGGCUUUGGCAUGCCAACUUGAGAACUGUGAGGCAACAGAUAUCAACAGGAUUCAGUUAAUUUCUCAAAGAUAAAGUGCCUCAUUUUGCUUUUUUUAUUAUUAUUGUAAAGUCCAUAUAUUCAAAAUCCAAUGGAUGCAUGUCCUAGUCCAAUAGCAAGCCCUGUUUACCGUCACCGUCGAUAUUGACAUUUCCCAGUGCUAAGACUUUGGUAUGAAUUCAAGGAAACAUCAUGGAACAUAAUGUCAAAGGUCCCUUUGUACAGAUCUGAUCUGGAAUUGAGGAGGCGGCUCUGCUUUCACUUUCUCUUUAACCUACAGAGCAAGUCAGCACUGCAUUGUCUUACUUGGAAAUCUUCAAGAUCUGUGGCUUAUUCAGUGUGUGUUGAAAUGAGGACUUGAAAUAAAAUGAUCAAAUGCC